AUGGCUAGGGGUAUCUAUCCCGUCAGCGCUAUAAGAUUGGGCGCAAAUGGUAAACCCAGAAGGCGCGGCUACUACCACGCAUACACACACGAGUUUUUUAGGCCUAGAUGGUGGCCCCUCCAAGUAUCAAAAAUUCUACAAAGCAAACUUGGUGAAACCAUCUACGAUAGAGACGUCACCAAGGCCUUCCCUGUGCCAAGACCUGUUGCUUGGAGACUUGCAUAUAAACGUAAUGAAAGCAGAUAUCUGAAGCCGGUAACAAAUUGCAACGAUCCAUUAAUACAAGAAUAUCUACUUAAUGUCUUAGAGCCUAGUUACAGAAGGACAUUUAGUGGUAUUGGCAUGGGCAAUAGUUCCAAAUUUGACAGUGUUAGACAUAUAAAGAAAGUAGUGGAUGCUGAAAAUGGCGGUGUUAUUGAUUUGUACUGCGACUCAACCGAUUUAAGGUUGGGAAACGACAAUUGUGAAAUAAAAAUAAUAAAGGAUUUAGUCGAGGAGGCUGAUAUUUGGAGUACAGUUGGUGCCGAAAAAAGGAGUUCGAAAACUCCAUUUCCUCAUGUUUAUGAAAAUUUGCCUAUAGUUAAAACUUUACAAGUACAUGAGAUUAAGCAUGUACGGAGUGAUCAUCGUAUAAUUUGCCGCAGGCACCCAGUGUGGAUGAAUCGCAAAUACUGCAGAUUCCUGGACAAAAUGCAAUUUCAACGCAGACUCAAGCAGAUUGAGGAAGAAAAUAUAUGA